AUGGUGUCCCGGCAAAAAAUGUUCUGCGUGGUUGCGGCCACUUCGAGCUUAGCCGCGGCGUUUCUGACCGUCCCGCGACUUGGUUGCUCAGCUUCCAGGACGAACUUCCCAGGCGUUCAUCGGACAACGUUUCGCGCCGCCGCAGAUGGCAUGGAGGGCAUGGAGUCCGUUGGCCCCGUCAUGGCUGCUGCGGCUUUCUUGUUCUCGCUUUCGGCCGUUGUGCUGGGAAACAGUCGCCGUUCCAGUUCGAGCAGCUCAAGCGGGCCUAACCUGGCAUCAAUAAUGUCCUCGUCCAACCUCACGGGGGUGGCCCACGCGACUCCGUGCACUUCGAGGUGGCCUCAGCGACACUCAACUGCACGUUCAGCCAUGGUGUUCGAGCGUUUCUCCGAGAGGAGCAUCAAGGCGGUGGUGCUGGCUCAGACCGAGGCACAGCGCAUCAAGCAGGACCACGUGGGAACGGAGAUGAUGGUGGUGGGCCUGCUGGCCGAAGGCAGCGGGGGCGCCAAGGCGCUGCAGGCGCUGGGCGUGCGCCUCGAGGAGGCAAGGAGAGAGCUCGAGCGUAUGGUGGGCUUCGGCCAAGGCGGCAAGUCGAAGGAGAUUCCCUUCACCACGUCAGCCAGACAGGUACUGGAGGACUCUGUCGAGUGCGCCCGCGAGCGAGACACGCAACAAGUCAACACCUGCCACCUGCUGCGGGCGCUUCUUCGCCAGGUGGAGAGCAACGGUUGCAAGCUGCUCGCCAAAGUGCUGGCCACUGACAGCCAGCAGGUUCUCCGCGAGAGGGUGCUGGCAGCCUUGGCGCAGCAGGAGAGCACAGAAAGCACCGGGGAGAAGGUGUUGGGUGGCGCAGCGCGCCCAGCCAUCGAGGAUGAGGUUGACCUGACCCAGACGCUCAAGUACGGCACGGACCUGACAGAGGCUGCUCGAGAGGGUCGCCUCGAUCCGCUCGUGGGACGCCAUGAGGAGUUGCGACGAACCAUCCGAAUCCUGGGCCGGCGCACCAAGAACAACCCAGUGCUGGUGGGCGAGGCUGGCGUCGGGAAGACCUCAAUCGCUCUGGGCCUGGCUCAGCUCAUUGCCGAUGGCAAGGUUCCUUUGAACCUCAAGGACAAGCGAGUCGUGCAGUUGGACUUGGCACUACUUCUGGCUGGCACCCGCUACCGAGGUGACUUCGAGGAGCGCUUGCGGGCAGUGGUGAAGGAAGUGACUGACAGCAAGCGCCGGGUCAUCUUGGUGGUCGACGAGGUUCACACGCUUGUGGGUGCGGGCAGCGGCGGUGGCGACACCGGAGGCGGAAUGGAUGCCGCCAACCUCUUGAAGCCCGCCCUGGCUCGCGGCGAGCUGCAAUGCAUCGGAGCCACAACCCUAGACGAGUAUCGCAAGUACAUCGAGCGAGAUCCGGCCUUGGAGAGGCGAUUCCAGCCUGUGACAGUGCCAGAACCCACGGAGGAAGAGUCUGUGCAGAUUCUCAAGGGCCUCGCCCCGAAGUACGAGAAGCAUCACCAGCUCAGCUACACGACCGAGGCCCUGGAAGCUUCCGUCAAACUGUCAUGCCAGUUCAUUGCGGACCGCUAUCUGCCAGACAAGGCCAUCGAUGUCAUGGACGAAGCUGGCUCGAAGGUGCGCCAGCAGCUCUUUCAGGCUGUUGAGGAGACCCAGAACGCAGCCGAGCAGUGGGCGGCAGGCAGAGAGCUGGAGGAGGUGACGGCCCAGAAGGCCCGAGCAGCGCGCGAGGAGCGCUACGAGGAGGCCGCGGAGCUCAAGCGCAAGGAGAAGGACCUGGCUGAGCGGCUGGAGAGGCUGCGGCAGGCCUCGGCUGAGGGCUCUGACUCCCAGGGCCUCGUGAAGGAGCUCCAGAGCCUUGGAGCCAAGAUCCGUGAGGCGGUGACGGCCGAGCGCUUUGUGGAGGCCCAAGAGCUCAAGGCACGCGAGACCCAGGUGGCCGAGAUAUUGCAAAAGCAGGGUGGCGUUCCCAGCGAGGCAACCCUCGUGCGGCAAGUGACCGCAGAAGAUGUGGCGCAGGUGGUGUCCAGUUGGACAGGCAUUGCCGUGGAGCAGGUGAGUGCUAGCGAGUCUUCUCGGCUCCUCCAUUUGGAGAAGGAACUCCAUGAGACAAUCAUCGGACAGGACGAGGCCGUCCGCAGCGUCGCCCGGGCGCUGCGGCGGGCGCGCGCCGGCCUGCGGAACCCGCAGCGGCCGAUGGCUGGGUUCUGCUUCUGUGGGCCCACUGGGGUGGGCAAGACAGCACUGUGCAAAACCCUGUCCUCAACCUUCUUUGGCUCGGAGGACUCCAUGAUCCGAUUGGACAUGAGCGAGUUCAUGGAGAAGCACACAGUGUCCAAGCUCAUUGGCGCGCCUCCGGGCUAUGUGGGCUACUCUGACGGCGGUACCCUCACAGAGGCGGUGCGUCGGCGGCCCUACUCGUUGGUGCUCUUUGACGAGGUGGAGAAGGCACACCCCGAUGUCUUCAACAUCCUGCUGCAGCUGCUGGAUGACGGUAGGUUGACGGACUCCAGAGGUCGAGUCGUCUCUUUUGCAAACACCCUUGUCGUGAUGACCUCCAACAUCGGGAGCAGGUCUGUGCAAAAGUCCGCAGCAGGCGGACUAGGCUUGGGCUUCGGCGUCGGUGAGGAUGAGGAGGAGGACAAGUACAGCAAAGUCAAGGAGCUGGUCAACGAGGAGAUGAAAAGCUUUUUCAGGCCCGAAUUUUUAAACAGGCUAGAUGAGAUCAUUGUCUUCCGGCCGCUGAAGGAAGAGGAUGUGAGGGCCAUUGCUGAGGUGGAGUUCAAGAAGGUGCUGGCCAGGCUUGCCGACAAGGAUCUGGAAGUCACUCUCUUGCAGAGCUUCAAGGAACAGGUGAUACGCGAGGGCUACGACCCGGCCUACGGGGCAAGGCCGCUGCGCCGGGCCAUCACUCGCAUGCUAGAGGAUACGCUGGCUGAGCAUCUCCUUCAAAGCGCCGCCGAAUCUUGGAAGGGAACGAAAGCUGUGCAGCUGAGCGCGUCGGAGAAGGGCGAGGUCCACGUUGAGGUCCUGGAUUCGCAGCCAGCCGAGCCCAAGUCAGAGCCAGAGCCCAAAGUCCUUGAAGAGGCCACGGCAACGAGCUGA